AUAUCAUUGGUAAUUAUUAAAUUAAAUGUUGUUGGAAGAACUAACCAUCGACAAUUCACCAAAUUAAAAACAUAAUAAAAAACCAAAGAGAGAUUUGGGCGCGAAACGAAAUGUGUAAAACCACUAAAACGUGAUACGAGAGAAAAAACAUUAUUUUGUGAUCUGUAAUUGAUUGUGUAUAUUGUGUAUUGAAACAAAUAAAGAAGAUAUAAAACAAUAUGGUGUCGAAUGACCGCAUUCAAAAAAUUUGGUUUAGAGGCCACGAAACGAAAUGGAAUGACAAGUUUAUGGUUAGGUUAUGAUUACUAUACAGUUAUUUCGGAUCCUCUGAUAGCGGAGACUGUUUUAAAAACCUGUCUAGAGAAGGGCUACCUCAUGGAAGUGUUUAGUCAUCUAGUGGGUAAUGGCAGCGUCAUCGCCCCAGUUAACAUCUGGCGUCCGCGUCGUAAAUUGUUAACUCCCAACUUUUCGUCGAAAAAUCUGCAGGCUUUUGUAAAGGUAUUUUCGAAGCAGAGCGAGAUAUUGGUGGAGCGUUUGGCCUCGGUCGCCGAUAAGAGAACAUUUUCUAUAUGGAAAUACUUUACAGCUUACAGUAUGGAUUCCGUUUGCGAGACGACUCUGGGGGUGCAAGUGAAUGCGCAAGGGCUGCCGCGGUGCGAGUUCCUGUGCGCCUUCGAGCAGUACUGCGCGCUGGCGGCCGCGCGCAUGUGCCGGCCCUGGCCGUGCGCGCUGCCGACACGCGCCGCGCGCACCGCGUACAGCGCGCACAGGGACUACAUAUGGAAUUAUAUCGAUAAUAUUAUCAAAAUGAAAACGGAAGACAUGAAAUGUGAGCAAUUAUCUGAUGAAAUGGACUUGCAACGCUUCCUGCCUGCCGCCUCCAGCGCCCCCUCGCCCCAGCGACAUGCCGCCUACAUGCCCUUCAGUACCGGACCGAGGAAUUGCAUAGGAUAUCAGUACGGUAUGAUGUCUGUGAAGACAGUGCUGGCGACUCUGAUCAGGAGCUACCGGCUGCUGCCCACCCCCCGACACGCGCACCCCGCGCACCCCCCGCACCCCCUGCGCCUCAAGUACGACAUCAUGCUGCGGGAUGUGGACAACUACAUGGUGCGCCUGCAGCCCCGGACCGGCGCUGGCGGACGCUCCACCUUGGAUACCUUGGACUGAGAUAGUCGAC